AUGAAGACCGAUCAGCUAAACCCCAUCAAUGGCUGCACGGUUUAUAGCCAUGCAGACCACAGUCAUGCAUCUCUCGUCCACCAGACCUGGGCACGGCUCCAAAGUCUAGUGGAAGGAGACCAAGUUCGAAUUAGUGGCCAAAGCCUGGAUAUCGCUAGUGUUGUAGCAGUUGCCAGAAACGGAUGUUCCCCAGAACUAGAAACAACGCCCGAGGUGCUGGAUCGUAUUCAAAAAAGCGUCGAUACGCUUGAAGAGUAUCUGUCCAAAGGAUACUAUGCAUACGGAGUCAACACGGGAUUCGGAGGAAGUGCCGAUUCGCGAACGAAGGAUGUGCUUGCAUUGCAGAGAUCCCUUCUCCAACACACCCAAAGUGGUAUUCUGGUUGACAUCGAUAAGAAAAGCCACGGAAUAGCGAAUUUGGAUGUUGGAUUCCACUCAAUGCCAGCAUCCUGGGUGAAAGGUACCAUGCUUGUCCGCUGUAAUUCUGUCGUCCGGGGUCAUUCUGCGGUCUCUCUGCGAGUCGUCGAGCUCAUCAUAAACUUACUUCGCAACAACUGUGUUCCUGUAAUUCCCCUUCGAGGAAGUGUAUCGGCAUCUGGAGAUCUCCUUCCUCUUGCAUACAUCGGUGGCGCAGUCGAGGGGAGUCCUGAUAUCUUCGUCUGCAUCCAAGAGGGCGACACGUACAAGAUCAUUUCUGCCAAAGAGGCUUUGGCUCAUAUUGGAGAAACGCCGAUUACUCUUGGACCAAAAGAAGGAUUGGGCCUCAUUAAUGGAACUGCUGCGUCUGCAAGUGUCUCAUGCCUUGCAUUAUAUGAUGCAAAUAAUCUUGCCAUUAUGACACAGGUCCUGACUGCCAUGGCCGUGGAGGCUCUUCUUGGAAACGCUGAAAGUUUCCAUCCUUUCAUCGCUGAGGUCCGUCCUCACCAAGGCCAGAUUGAGGUAGCAAAGAAUAUCCGCGGCUUCCUCCAGGGCUCCAAGCUUGCGACGUGCCUUUCGUCAGACGACAAAGAUCGAACUAAAUCUGGCCUGUACCAGGAUCGAUAUGCGGUUCGAAGCGCAUCCCAAUGGAUUGGACCCCAGCUUGAGGAUCUUCUACUCGCCCACGAGCAGAUUACGACGGAGCUCAACUCGACGACAGAUAACCCCCUCAUCGACAUCGAAAAGAAAGACGUAUAUUCUUGUGCCAAUUUCCAGGCAGCUUCCAUCACUUCAGCCACUGAAAAGACUCGACUCGCUAUACAGAUGCUUGGCAAGAUCAUGUUCGGCCAAUGUACGGAGCUCAUCAACCCAUUCUUGAACAACGGCCUGCCCGCAAAUCUCGCAGCAGACGACCCAAGUCUUUCGUUUACGAUGAAGGGAGUGGACGUGAACAUGGCAGCAUAUAUGUCCGAACUGGCUUUCCUGGCUAAUCCAGUGUCCUCUCACGUGCAAUCAGCAGAGAUGCACAAUCAAGCCGUUAAUUCACUCGCACUCAUCUCAUCUCGAUACACUAUGCAAGCAGUGGAGGUAGCGCGCCUCAUGGCAUCUUGUUUUCUGUAUGUCUGCUGCCAAGCCCUUGAUCUCCGCGUCUUACAUCUCGAAUUCUUGUCGAAGCUGAAGCCUGCUGUGCUGCAAGUCACGCAGGAGGUCUUUGGGGAACUUCUAACCCCUCAUGUACUUGAUACUGCGCAUUCUAGAGUCGUUGACGUAAUUCCCGGAGCGUGGGGAUCUAGCACACACCUUGAUGCCACCGAACGAUACGAGCAUCUCGUCAACACUACGCUUCCCGUUCUCACCAACGCGAUAGCUUCGACUACUUCCUCACGCAAUCCAAGUUUAACACUCGCUCACAUCGAGGCAUGGAAGGAGAGGAUGCUCGAGACGGUUUCUUCAGCGUACACCAAGCACCGUGCUACUUUCUUCUUAAUCCAAAGCACACCCCAGUACUUGGGGAAGGCGUCCACGGUAAUGUACACUUUCGUGCGAAAGGAUCUCGGGGUGCCAAUGCACCAAGGCUUGGUGGAGCAUCCUCGUGGGUGUGAGGCGGCAGAAGCGAAUACUAUGGAUGGUCGACCCAAAAAGACAAUUGGGUCCUGGGUGUCGAUUAUCUAUGAGAGUUUGCGGAGUGGGAGAAUGAAUGACAGGAUCAUGGCGUGUCUGAACGAUUAG